UGAUUGUUAUGUGUCAGGUAAACUGCAAGGCCUGCGGGUGGCGAUCCGCAUGCUGGAGAGCAUGAAGAAACCUGAGCAGGCCCAGGAACUGGAGAAGAAGUGCAGGAGAGCUGUGAUCCAGUAUGAGUUGAAGUGUGAUCUGAUCCGGAACGAACAACUGUAUCUUUGAGGGUGUACCCCGGGGCAGGCCAGCAUAUUACCUGAAGUACGUCUACGUUGAACCACCCAAAUCUCCAACCAAGGUCACGGCGGGGUUAAUCCGUUGCACGAGGUCCGGUCCCGAUCCCCCAACCUCCCCAGGUUGCCUCCCCAGACAGCAUGAUUGGUGGGAAUAACAUUUUCCGUCUCCGGUCCAUGAAUGGGUCUCCAGUACGAUGCGUUCUGACCACGGGGGUGCCCGGAAUCGGAAACUCUGUGGCGGUCCAGAAGUUCAUGCUGGAUUGGGCAGAGGAUCGGGCUAAUUUCGACAUUCAGUUUGUGUUCCCGUUUCCGUUCCGGGAGAUGCAUUCGCUGAGGGAGCGGAACAUAGUUGAGAAGAAGGACAUCAGUAUGUUGGAGCUGCUGCAGACGUACCACAACGAGACACGCUCCAUGGACUUUCUGGAGCAGCCAGACUGUAAGGUGCUGUUUGUCAUGGACGGGAUCGACAUCUACCAAGGAAAUCUUGAUUUCAAGAACACUCCUGUUGUGACUGACAUUGAGGCUGUUAUUCCCCUGGACUCCCUGUUGGUAAAUCUGAUCCGAGGCUCUCUGCUGCCCCACGCCCUCUUGUGGCUGACUGGGAGACGUGCGGCUACCAAUCAGAUACCUCCUGAGUACAUCCACCGUGUCACUGAGAUACAGGGUUACAGUGACGAGCAGAAGGAUGACUAUCUGACCAUGCGUUACUCGGACAAGUCUCUGGCUGCUAAGAUCAUCAGACACACCAAGAGCUCCCCCACCAUCUACACCCUGUGUAAUAUUCCCUUCUGCUGCUGGAUGGUUGCCAUGGUGUAUGAGAGGGGUUUCCGUAACCAUGAUGACUACGGAGRCGAGUCCCCCAAGAUUACGUCCUUCUUCAUCCACUACAUGAUCAUCCAGAACAACCGCAAGCUGGAGAAAUACUACGGGCAAAACCCCAACUCACAGAAAUGGACGGAAAUGGACAAAGUGUUCAUGUUGAAGCUGGGUCGCCUGGCUCUGAAGCUGUUGGAUAAUAACCGCUCUGUGUUCUAUGAAGAGGAYCUGAAUGAGCACAGUCUGCUGGUGAGGGAGGUGGCCUGGUGUUCGGGCCUGUGCACUGAGCUUCCCAGGACGAAUGCCAAAGACAAGCGGGUCUUCUGCUUCACACACCUGAGCUUCCUGGAGUUCAUGGCUGCACAUUAUGUAUGGCUCACCUUCCGUCUGGAGGAGCGGAACGUUCUAGACCAGUCCUACCGCGUCUCCAAGCUGUUCAAGGAGCACUCUCUGGUGGACAUGUACCGCAAAGCCGUUGACCGUUACCUCAGCGCUCCUGUCGGCCAGUACGACCUGUUCCUGCGCUUCCUGUGCGGCUUGUCCAUGACGCUCAAUGACGGUCUGCUCCGAGGGAUGCUGUUCCCCCAUAAUGCCCCUCCACUGAAAGGUCUGGAGGACGUGGCCAGACUGCUGACUAAGAGGAAGGUUAGCGCAGGGCCAGAGAGACAGGACAACCUUAGAGAAUGCCUCAGGGAGCUGGAAACGUCUGAGGACUGAACAGUCUCCUGCUGUUAGCAAACAUGUUUGAUCAUUUGUCUCUGAUGCACUGAACUCUGGUUUGUAAAAUGAAAGGUAAUGCGACUGAAGUAUUGGUUAAGUCUCUGUGCCCCGCUGAAACCAAAACAAUGAACAUUCAGUGUGUCUCAUCUAACUAGCAGACAGACCGAGAGAAAGAGCAGGCAUAAAUCACAGCUGAAACCAAAACAAUGAACAUUCAGUGUGUCUCAUCUAACUAGCAGACAGACUGAGAGAAAGAGCAGGCAUAAAUCACAAAUGUGUCUUACCAGAAAGAGUUAAUCAUUGUAUUUGAACAAACUCUGUGACUGUGCUGAGUCUGUUGUAAGGACUAAUAUAUAACCCAUUAACUAGCAGUCAAGAUAAAGACCACGGUACUUGUUAGUCUUGUGUGGCCAUACAGCCCGUUCAUCCUCUACUCAACAAGAUGACACACUGGAGGACGGAUGCAGACAGUAGUGACCCUAGUUGCACAAUCUGUUAUGUAUUGCUUCUCCAUCACUGACACUAACCAGUUAUACUUGUAGUUGUAGUACAAGAAGAAUAAGGUAUUUAGUUAACAUUUUCAUUAUUCUUUUAAUUAACAAACUUGAUGGAAAGGGAGUGUUUAUGUUCACACCUUUUAUGAGUGUUUACAUGACAUGUCUGUGUGUGUUUAAAUUACAUGACAUGUCUGUGUGUUUAAAUUACAUGACAUGUCUGUGUGUUUUGUAGUUUGGGUGUUGGUGUGAAAGGUGUACAGUAGUGCAGGGAGAUAUGAAAAAACAUCCAUAUCACAAUAACUGUCUGAAUUAUCACGAUGAUGAUGAAUUGAACGAUGUUUAUUCAUGUGCACCAGUUAUGUUUUUAGAUUAACCUUAGUAGGGCUGACUCCAAUUGGUCGACUGGUCGAUUGUUUGGUCGUUGGUCGACUGAGAUUGUUUUAGUUGAGCAGUAACAUAUAUAUUUUCACCUAUCUCAGUGAACUAAUCCAUUGCUGAGGCCUAGACCAAAAUACCAUUUAUGCUUGAUUCGAAAAUGUGGUGGAGCCUCCAGAGGCCAAAUCAAGCUCUAUACCGCUUCGCUAUGCCCCGCCCAAAUGUUGUAACAAUGUGGAGGGCUCUGUAUAGCUCCACGUUGACAUGAUUGUUUGACGGUAGGUGAGGGUGGUACAUCCUGUAUAAACACACUCCCCUGACAACAGCUCUGCACUGCUCCGCAAGCAGUAUGAAUGUCCUGACUUCUGCUGAGGCCGUUCUUGUCCUGACUUCUGCUGAGGCCGUUCUUGUCCUGACUUCUGCUGAGGCCGUUCUUGCCCUGACUUCUGCCGAGGCCGUUCUUGCCCUGACUUCUGCCGAGGCCGUUCUUGCCCUGACUUCUGCCGAGGCCGUUCUUGCCCUGACUUCUGCCGAGGCCGUUCUUGCCCUGACUUCUGCCGAGGACGUUCUUGCCCUGACUUCUGCCGAGGACGUUCUUGCCCUGACUUCUGCCGAGGCCGUAUCACCGUAAAUGCUGCACGGCCAAUGCAGACGUCAGAUUGACCAUGUAGCACCCAGAUGCACAAUGCACUUCUCUCUCCAGAAUGCACUUCUCUCCCGCCAAUUUGUGCACAUUUGUUUCAUAUUGUGUGAAUUGUUUGGGUUURAUUGUUAGUGUAUAUCACUUCCCCAUAUCACCAGUAGUAUGUUUACCGUUAAUUCCUAUAAUUUCUAAUCUACAAUGUUUGUUACUUUGGUUACGGUAGUUUAUUUUAAUGUAUUCAAUAUAUUAUUCCAGUCUUCCUGUUCUCAUUGUCUGAGUGGACACAUUGUUUGCAGAGUGCACAACCUAUCCUACACUUGUGAGAAUUUUUGGGGAGUUUGUUUCAGUCCAUUUUAUGAGUUUUAUCAAUUCAA